AAAGACCGGAGGAUCGCUGGUCUAAAGCCGUGUGGUGAGUUAGAGUACGGCCAUAUUGCGAUCUCCUUAGAUUGAGAAAAACAUUGUGAGCACGUGGUGACGCGUAUAUAAUAACGGUGAAUACGACGUGUAUCGGUGAAAUCCUUAAACAAAUAACUUUGAAACAAUAAGUGUGAGUCGUAGCGAUUGUUUGCGGCUUAUUUAUCGGUCUAUUCGUUCCAAUUGAUUUUGCGGUACGGUUUCUACCGUGGACCUGCAGAGAAAUGUCAUCAGCGUCAUUGCGAAUUCAACUAGUGAAGUGGACGGUACCAGCGUUCGCCUUGAUCCUUGGCCUCCUGUGGUACAAACGACGAAGAGCCGACAGAGCUGACCCAGGCGGAGAGAGCGGAUUAAAAAGAGGAUCCGAGGAUUCAAAAACGCCGGAUCACAACCUGAACGACUCCGGCUACCACUUCGAGGAGUCCUUCACGUCACGGGGUUCCAUAAGCGUGGCGUCGAAGCCAGAAAUCAUUGCGUGCAGUCCACGACGGGUGAGCGAGAGUUUGGCCAUUCCGCAGCGGAAGCCCGCAGCAACGCCGAUAACCUCUGUGGCAAGCAGCGACCCGGACGCUUGGUACAAGGACGUUGAAAUGACCGUCGAUGCCGAGGAAUUUUACCCCCGGGGUGCUGAACCGCUUUCGGUACGCGAGUCGCUACCGAGACAACAACAACAACUACAACUACAACAGAACCGACAGCUGCAGGAACAGGAAGAGAAGCUGCCAUUUACUGCGAUGAAACCCAAGCGGUCCAAGUCGCCCUAUGAAACUGCAAAGACAACCGUCAGGAAUCAACUUUCCAAGAUGCUCGAUCGCUCUGAAGAGAAUGAAGAAAAAACUGAGAACGUUAUAGAGGAAAUUAAAAUGCAGGAGACCGCUGCUUCCGAAAGGGAUUCGGCUAAUCACAGUCCAGUUUCUGGUGUUCUCGACGGCAGUGUCAGCGACGAGGCGAGAAGCGAGGGCAGCAGCGACAGUGGAAAAGGAGGAAGUAUAAACGGAAACAGCCCUGCGGUCUACGAGUUUGUCCUUCCGCAGAGUUUGAUAGGCCGUCUGAUAGGCCGUCAUGGGAUAUUUUUGCAGAGUAUAAAAGCAAAGGCCCAAGUCAACAUACUGAUAAAGCGUCAUCCUGAAACUAACAAGUGUAAGGUAUGCGCGAUCGAGGGCUCCCAGAAGGGUAUACGCACCGCGUUGGAUAUGAUAAGGCAGAAAUUCCCUGAGAACAAAUAUCCCAGCGUAACGCUGGAGCAAGUGUCGUUCCUUAAAAAACCUGAGGAAAUGCAAUGGGUGCCGGAAGUAAUGCAGCUCAAGCUGGUCGAGGGUUUGAACAACGAUGUGACAGUGAUUCGCAUCAUGGAACCCAAUCACCUCUUCCUCCACCAGCCGACUCAUCCCUCCUAUCCUUCACUUCGAAUUUUAGAUCAGAAUAUGACACAACUUUAUAACACAGUCGCAGACGCUCCACCGGUUCCUGAUCAACUCGACAAGGGUAUGAUAUUCGUUGGUAAAUGGUGCAACAAGUGGGUCAGAGUUUAUAUCCACAAGCCGGACCCGGACGGAGAAAAGAACAUAGUACGCCUCAUAGACCAUGGUGGAUUUUGGGUGUUGAAAAAUUCGGAGAUGAGGAAAAUCAGGUACGACUACCUCACCCUACCCUUCCAGGCCAUCGAAGUGUACUUGGCCAACAUUCAACCCAAAAAUGGUACGUGGGUUCCAGAAGCGUACGAACUAGUUCAACAAAUAACUCAAGGUGUCGUGGUCCAGGCACAAAUACAAAGCUACGUGGAUCGCGAUACGCACAUAAACCUCUAUCUAAACAUACAAAAACACGGGGUAAUAUCCCUAGCUGACGAAUUGGUGGCGCGUGGAUACGCGGAUCGAGUUCAGCUAGAGGAAGCAUAUUAAAGAAGAAUAAACAGAAGAAUGAAGUAUAUUGCCUCCACUCGAACGAAAUACCACAACAACUGAACAUCGUGUGGAGCAGCGAUAAUACAAGUGUAUGUGAUAGUGGAAGGUGGUUUAAAUGAGUGCAUGGACGCUGUCUGCGAGGACCAAACUUCCGUUGUUGUGUAUGUUUUGUUUUCUAUCUCUCUUCUCCCCCCCCCCUCCCCCUCACCCCUUUUUUUUGUUUUUUAGUACGUAUAUACAUUAUAUAGCUAUGUAAGAGUCCUACGUCAAUGAUGAAUGUUUGUCUGUUUGUUUGUUGAAACGCGCAUUGUACGUCGAGCGAACUUGAUGUCAGUUUCUAAUAAUUUACAUCUGCGUGUGCCAAUCGAGUCGCUUUUUUCUUUUGAUACUUUCGUACCCUGAUAAUGCAUAAACAGUAUCUUAUCACAACCUCCUACUCUCCGUACUGUAGGUAAUUAUCAACGAUUUAACGGAAAACUAUACCAAUAUUCUUCUUGGUAUAGAAAAAUACGAUAAAAGGAAAAAAUAUGUA